CACGACGUUGCCGUCGGACCAAUGUUUGCUGGGUAAGUUUGGUCUGAAUAACUCGCUGCUGCACGGUGUUGCCUGCUUUGUCUUGUCUGUCAGUAAGUAGUUUCUUUUUUCUUACUGCGUGAUAACGGAGUGCUCGAGACUGUGAGCUUGCAGCCCUGCGUGACCACAGUGCACUUCCCUUUUUUUCCAUCUGCUACAUAUCCGGUAUAGUUACACUACUGAAUUUGCGCAAUUAUGCGGUUCAAGAAAGGAGUGUUGGUUUUGCUGGUGGUCUUGCCACUCGCAGUCAUACUCUUUUACCGCUGGAACUCAAACACCGUUAUGACGGUAGAUGUGCUACAGGGAGCAGACUCAAAAGUGCUGCUGGAGAAAAGAGUACAAAACAUGAACCGUGGAUAUGACCACAUCCCUUACCAUAUCAAAGAUAGCAUGUCAAAGGUACGUGCUGUAAAUGGGUGUGUUUGUGAAGGCGACAAACCGGGCAUUCAUUUCCCAUUCGCUCAGCUGCUGUUUCCUCGAGUAUCAGCUACACAGCUACAUGCAUCCUUCAAAGAUUCAGACCUGAAAAAAGCAAAGCAAUACAGAAAUAAAGAGUAUCGCAGUUUCUAUAAGAGGACAUAUACAGCUGCAGAUUCACUUAUCUUAGCAGAAGCCAACAGUCCUCUUCAAUAUCCUACACAGGGUGUGGAAGUCAGACCAAAAAGAACCAUUCUAAUUCCUGGUUUGAGUCUGAACCAAGAACACAAAAUGGACCAUUAUUUCGUAGAGCUGAAAGCUACAAUGGGAACAUUCAAUACGGCAGCGAUGGUGGAUGGAGUGCAAGUCAAAGGGGAAGGAGAGAUGCAUAUUAGUUUUACGAGCAGAUCUCUGGCCUCACUAAACAGACAGCUUGAGUUUGUUACCUACACAAACACACUGUUCCAUCCCAACAAAGCAGAUGUAGUACACUUUAAUGCAGGGAAUAACCAGGCCACCUUCACCAUUAAGAUCAGACAUCCACCAAUGCCUAAAUUCUAUACUCCUGGACCCAAAAAAGAAUACAAUGUAAGCACGCUGGUCACCAUUGCCACAAAAACAUUUCUUCGCUAUGAUAAACUUCAGGAUUUGAUCAAGAGCAUUCGACAGUUCUACCCCACAAUAACUAUAGUGAUAGCUGAUGACACAAAGGAGCCUAAACCUGUAACUGGACCCUACAUCGAACAUUAUAUCAUGCCCUUUGGCAAGGGCUGGUUUGCUGGCCGUAAUCUGGCAGUCUCUCAGGUAACAACCAAAUACAUGCUUUGGGUGGAUGAUGACUUUAUUUUCACCUCAAGCACCAAACUGGAAAAAAUGGUGGAUAUUUUGGAGAGAACUACUUUGGACCUGGUGGGGGGAGCAGUCAGAGAAGUGACGGGAUACACUGCCACCUAUCGACACAUCAUCUCCACAGACGCAGGUGAUGAAGAGGGAGAUUGUUUACACAUAAGGACAGGAUUCCACCAUGUUAUCGAGGGAUUUCCCAAUUGUGUGGUUGCAGAUGGCGUCAUUAAUUUUUUCAUGGGUCGCACUGAAAAGAUACGAGAAGUGGGCUUUGACCCUCGUUUGGCUCGAGUUGGCCAUUUAGCAUUUUUUACUGAUGGGCUUGGUACCCUUCAUGUGGGAUCCUGUGAUGAUAUUAUUAUCAGUCAUGCAUCGAAGAUCAAGGGGAUGUUGCCAUGGGGACAAAAUGAGAUUGACAAAGCCUAUUCCAAGUUCCGUUAUGAACCCACUGAAGAGACCUCUAUGAGUGAAUAUGAUCUUUAUUACCUCAAGAAUCAUUUUAAAUGUGUCACGAGCAAUUAAACCGAGGAGCCAGACGCCCCCGGA